UUCCCGACCCAGGGAUCGAACCCACAUCUCCUGUGUCUCCUGCACUGACAGGCAGAUCCUUUACCACUGCGCCACCUGGGCAUUCCACGAACAGGGAGACAUAUUGCGAAAAGCUUGUGAUCAGGCCCAUAGAAGCACAGAGCUCCUGCUCCAUUUUUGAGUGGCUCGUGUUGGUGAGUAAGAUGAGGCUCAAGGGGUACUGAGUUGCAGGAGCUCACCCAGCAGGCCUCAACUGCGACAGCCGCUGUGCUCCCGGUGCCGGUGCCGGUGCCGGGCACCAAGACUGGUGCCUCCUACGGCCUAGUGCCUUCUGCCUGCAUCACCCGCCAAGCCCUACCCGGCCAUCUUCAACGUGUUUCACACCGAGGGCUUAGCUCCUCUCCCGUUUGCUUGGAGCAGGCCCACCCUUAAGGAAGGGGUGAUGGAAGGGCCCCUGAAGGAUGGGGAUGAGUCUCCAGAGUCCCACGGCCAUGCCACCGACUGGAGAUUUGCUGUGUGCAGUUUCAGAGAUGCCUGGGAUGAGGGGGAACCUGCUCCCCAGAUGCAGGCUAAGAACCCCCAUCCUCCAAGCCCACCAUCAGGGGCAGCCCAGGGGGAGGAGCUCCAGGGCAGCCCUCUGCCUGGUGAACUUCAGUCACCCACAGGACAGAUGUUUGCAGAUAAGUCGGGGCAUGGCCAGAAGGGCACAUUAAGAGGGUCUUCUGUCCACAUGAAGGAACCAGCCUCCCCUGGAGUAGAGAUCCUCCUAAGUCCAAUGUCUUCCCACCUUAGUCUGGCACAGGGUGAGAAUGACAGCCAAGGAGGAGACUUGGCAGGGGACUCAGUUUCAGGCAGGGUCAUGCCAGUCCGCUUGGACCCUGAAGGGUUGGACAGUGACUCUGUGAACCAUGGAGGUCUUUUAUCUGAGACAUCAUCAGAACUACUGGAGGCAGACUCCCACAGAUCCAGGCUCUUGAAGUCCACUGACUACCUCCUGGCCCAAGACCUUGCCUGGGAGCUACUUGCCAGUGGCAUGGCUGCCCUGCCAGGGACUCGAGAUGUGGAAGGCCGGGCAGUGCUGCUUCUGUGUGCCCAUAACUCAGCCUGGAAUCACCCCAAGUGCAACAGCCAUGAGCUUGUCCGCCUCCUGCUCUACUUGCAAAGCAUCCCCAGGCCCAAAGUACAGACCUUGGGACUGACCGUGCUAGUGGAUGCCCGGAUUUGUUCCCCAAGCUCUUCCAUAUUCUGGGGGCUCAGCCAACUGCAAGAAGCAGUCCCGGGAUCAGUGCACCGUGUGCUGCUGGUGGGAAAGCUGCCGGAGGAAGUGCCUGCAGGGCUACAGUUAGAGCAUCUCUCCUCUCACCAAAGCCUGCUGACCCACAUCUCCACCUCAGAGUUGCUCACUUCACUAGGAGGAGGCCUGCCUUACUGUCACCAGGCUUGGCUGGACUUCCGGAUGCGUCUGGAAGCCCUCCUGCAGAGCUGCCAGGUAGUUUGUGCCCUGCUUCAGGGAGCCAUUGAGAGCAUGAAGGCUGUGCCCCAGCCCGUGGAGUCUGGGGAAGUCGGUCGACUGUUGCGGCAGGCACGGGUCCUGAUGGAGCAUGUGCUAGGCUCUCCACGGUUGGCAUGGCUACAAUGCCAGGGAGCCUUGGAGCUGACGUGGCUAAAGCAAGAGGUCCCAGAGGUAACCCUGAGCCCAGACUACAGGUCAGCGGUGGACGAGGUUGAGGAGCUGUAUGGCCGCGUGGAUGGAUUGCUGCACCAACUGACACUGCAGGGUAACCGCCGAAUACAAGCACUGGAGUUGGUCCAGACGCUGGAGGCCCAGGAGGGCGAGCUGCACCAGAUGGAAGUAUGGCUUCAGCAGGUGGGCUGGCCAGCACUUGAGGAGCCCAGGGAGCCUUCACUGGACAUGCUGCUUCAGGCCCAAGGCCCUUUUCGGGAGCUGGACCAGAUUGCUCAGGAACAGGUCAGGCGAGGGGAGAAAUGUCUGCAGCCACUGGUUGGCUGUGAUGCAGCCGAACUGGGCCCCUUUGGGGCCCGCUUUCUGACCCUGCAAACCCAGCUGGCCGACUUCUCUAGGGCCUUGGCCCAGCGGCGGCAGCGACUGGCAGAUGCCGACAGACUCUUGCAGUUCUUCAAGCAGGCCUUGACCUGGGCCGAGGAGGGGCGGCAGGUGUUGGCAGAGCUGGAACAGGAGCGCCCAGGGGUUGUGCUGCAGCGGCUGCAGCUGCAUUGGACCAAGCACCCGGACCUGCCUCCUGCCCACUUCCGAAAGAUGUGGGCUUUAGCCACAGGGCUGGGAUCUGAGGGUAUUCGCCAGGAGUGCCGCUGGGCCUGGGCGCAGUGCCAGGACACCUGGCUGGCCCUGGAUCAGAAGUUAGAAGCUGCUCUGAAGUCACCCCCGACGGGUAGCACAGCUAGCCUGUGUGUCAGCCGGGUCCCAGCGGUACCUGCUGUCCCUCCCCUGAGGAAGGCCUAUAGCCUUGAUCAGAAUCUGGGAUUGAGUCUCAGAGAACCUGCCCACCAGUGCCACCCUGAGGCCAUUGUACCUGCCUGCCACAGACGAGAGGCUGGAGGUGGUGCCCAGUCAGAGUCAUGCCCCACUGUGCCUCCUCCUGGGAGCUGUGACCCCAGGAGCCCCAACAGACUUCAGCUGGUGCUGGCAGAGAUGGUGGCUACGGAGCGGGAAUAUGUCCGUGCCCUGGACUACACCAUAGAGAACUACUUCCCUGAGCUGGAUCGCCCUGAUGUGCCCCAGGGCCUCCGUGGCCAGCGUGCCCAACUCUUUGGCAACCUGGAGAAGCUGUGGGACUUCCACCGCCAUUUUUUCUUGCGUGAGCUGGAGGCCUGCACCCAGCACCCGCCCCGGGUGGCCUAUGCCUUCCUGCGCCAUAGGGUGCAGUUUGGGAUGUACGCACUCUACAGCAAGAAUAAACCGCGCUCCGAUGCCCUGAUGACCAGCUAUGGUCACGUCUUCUUCAGGGACAAGCAGCAGGCACUGGGGGACCACUUGGACUUGGCCUCCUACCUGCUGAAGCCUAUCCAGCGCAUGAGCAAGUAUGCGCUGCUGCUGCAGGAGCUGGCGCGGGCUUGUGGGGGACCCGCACAGGAGCUGAGUGCCCUGCGGGCUGCCCAGAGCCUCGUGCACUUCCAGCUGCGACACGGCAAUGACUUGCUAGCCAUGGAUGCCAUCCAGGGCUGUGACGUCAACCUCAAGGAACAGGGCCAGUUGGUCCGGCAGGAUGAGUUCACAGUCCGCUGUGGGCGCCACAAAUCCCUGCGUCGCAUUUUCCUCUUUGAGGAGCUAUUGCUCUUCAGCAAGCCUCGCCGAGGACCCACAGGCAUCGACAUGUUUACCUACAAGCGGUCCUUCAAGAUGGCAGAUCUUGGCCUCACUGAGUGCUGUGGGAACAACAACCUGCGCUUUGAGAUCUGGUUUCGCCGUCGCAAGGCUAGGGACACCUUUGUGCUGCAAGCCGCCAGCUUGGCCACCAAGCAGGCCUGGACAGCUGACAUCUCCCGCCUGCUCUGGAGGCAGGCCAUCCACAACAAGGAGGUGCGCAUGGCUGAGAUGGUGUCUAUGGGUGUGGGGAACAAGGCCUUCCAGGACAUCGCCCCCAGCGAAGAAGCUAUCAAUGACCGCACCGUCAACUAUAUCCUGAAGUGCCGAGCAGUUCGCUCUCGGGCCUCCAUUGCUGUGGCUCCCUUUGACUCUGACAGCCCCUACCUGGGGGCCUCAGGCGCCCUUCCUGGAGAUCCUGCCUCUUGCUCUGUACUGGGGUCCCUCAACCUGCAUCUGCACAGAGACCCAGCUCUUCUGGGCUUCCGCUGGCCCCUGUAUUCCACCAGUUUCCCAGAGGAAGUGGCACUGGAGACUGAUGCCGAACUGGGCAGCCAGCCAUCUUUGACUCCUGAGGACUCAGAGGUUUCCUCCCAGUGCCCAUCAGCCAGUGGCUCCAGUGGCUCAGACAGCAGCUGUGUGUCAGGGCAGAUCCUGGGCAAGGGCCUGGAGGACUUGUCCUACGUCUGAGCCUGGGCUUGAAGGUGGGCAGUGGAUCCAGGAGUCUUUAGAUCCAAGGAGCAUCACUUCCCUGGAGAUCUGCUACGACGAGGCCAUGGGCAGCACCUGGGUCACCUCCAGCCCAUAUGCACAGUCCUGUCAACCACCCAUUCUGAUGUCCGUGUCCAUUGGACAGAUUGGCAAUGACCUCUCCAGGGGAUUCUGGCAGCAGAGCCUAAAUAAGCACCCUCAUUUUGGGUUCCUGGCCCAUGUCCCCUUCUGUCCCCAUCUUCUCCCACCCAGAGCAGAAGGUGGAUGUUUAUUUCUAUGCUGUAGGCUAGUGGGAUGUUGAGUGGCUCUGGUAGUGACUAAGCUGCCCCACCCUUCAGGAGGAACAGAGGUGGGUUCCUCGCCACUGCUUCCCAACUCCGGGUCUCAAAGCCAGGCUCAUCCCUGCUGGACUCUUCCUCUUGCAUGCCCUAGCUCCCCAGUCCAGUUUGGUUACAUGGACUCAGAGGUUUUUGAAUAGCUUUCAGUUAGAGUUGUAUAAGAUUAUUUCACUGGUUGUAAGGUAUUUGGUUCUCAGAGAUGGAGUCCAGAC